AUGCCGCCACCACCCCCUCCGCCUCCGCCCAUGCCGCCCAUGGGACGAGGCGCUGGAGGGCCGCCGCCGCCGCCAAUGCCAGGAAUGAAGGCGCCCGGGGGCAAAGCACCGGCUGCCGCUAAUGCGUCACAGGGAGCGCUGCUGGGAGACAUCAGCAAGGGCACCAGGCUGCGGAAAGUCACACAGAUCAACGACCGUUCGGCGCCAAUUGUGGGCAAAGUGAGCGACGGGCCCAGUGCAGCGCCCAUGGGGGCACCAGCCAUCCCCGGCAUGGGCAGGGCGCCCGCCGUGCCAGGCCUUGCGCCGCCCGUGCCUGGGGGGAACCGCGCAAGAAGCAACAGCGACACCAACGACGGCGGCGGCGGCGGCCUGGCUGCCGCGCCACAGCUGGGCGGGCUGUUCGCGGGAGGCAUGCCCAAGCUGCGCAAGUCGGGCGGUGUCAAGACGGGCGCGGAUCAAGACCAUGCGCCAUACCUCUCAGAUCCCGAAUCAAGUCGCGCCUCAGCACCCACACCGCCGCGAGGAGCUGCCCCCAGGCCUCCAGGCCCUCCCCCCUCGGCGCCCCCCGCGCCGCCAGGAGCUCGACCGGCCCUCGGCGCCCUGCGUGGCCUCGAGUCGCGGCCCUCGUCAGUGGCCUCGAGCAUAAGCGGAAAGCCCAAGCCGCCCCCGCCCAUUGGGAAGAAGCCGCCCAUCCCACCUCCAUCGUCUCGAAAGCCGUCUGGCCUCGCUCCUCCGCCGCCCGCUCCCUCUCCCGCUCGUGCACCGCCGGUUCCAGGAGGCGCCCCGCCUCCUCCACCACCAGUUUCCACGCCCUUUGCUCCUCCACCGCCGCCUCCUGCUUCCACCUCGCCCCGCCCUGCUGGGGCGCCGCCAGCGCCGCCUCCGCUACCUCCUCCCUCGCCAGCGCCACGAGCACCAGCACGGUCGACACCGCCCCCGCCUCCUACAGCGCCACCGCCAGCCAACCCGCCUGACGACGACGAGUAUGAUCCAUACAAAUACUCGACAUCUGCCCCUCCACCGCCCCCUCCAAACGGACAUGCGCCCUCGCUUGCAGAAACAGCAGCACGAAACGCCUUUGGUCGCUCGACGCCCGCUGCACCUCCACCGCCUCCCCCAGCAUCACCACCGGCAGCACCGGCGCCCCCUCCGCCCGCCAUGGCGCCCCCGAGCCGACAGGCCACUCAGACACCAUCACGUAUGAUGGAUGCAAGCUCAUACACCUUGACCAAUGGCGGAUCAGGUAUCAAGAGCCCAACCGGCUCCGGAGGCGGGGGUCACAAAGGCCGCGUUCGGCCGAUCCACGACUUGAGAUGGAGGUUCCAGGACGAAGGACAAUUCCCACGACCUCGAGAAUUCACAAACAGCCCCAAGAAAUAUCGUGCCGGCCGCGGCAGCAGCGUUCCAUUGGAUCUGAGUGCGUAUGAAUAGAAGUGACGACGGGCUUGGGAGCAGGUUUUUAUUUGCCAUUGAUGUUGACUCUCGUCAUGGGGGGUCGGUGGGGCUCGUUCAGGGAGGGAUACAUGGUUGAAGUUUAGCCUUGGUGUUUGUGGCGUCUUGGCGCAGAGCGGGCAUGUAUAUGCAUUGUGAGAACGUGAAGAAGACUG